UUAAGCAGAGCAGCUGCCAGCGCCAUGGCCCUCGCCGGCAGGGCGGCUCUGCGCUGGGGGGCACGGCUGCCGAGCCCCUGCCCCGCCGCCGCCCCGCUCUGCCUCCCGGCCGGGCUGCCCGCGGCGUGCGAGCGGCCGUACAGCUCCCGCGGCAAGGAAAAAUUAGAUAUGUCGACGUAUCCUGUUGAAAGCAUUAGAAACUUCAGUAUUAUAGCUCAUGUAGAUCAUGGCAAAAGUACACUAGCAGACAGAUUGCUGGAAAUUACAGGAACAAUUUCUAAAACUGACCAUAAUAAACAAGUCCUGGAUAAACUACAAGUGGAACGUGAAAGAGGAAUUACAGUUAAAGCCCAAUCUGCAUCUCUCUUUUACGAUCAUGAAGGCAUGAACUAUCUCUUGAAUCUUAUUGACACGCCUGGCCACGUGGAUUUCAGCUAUGAAGUAUCACGGUCAUUAUCUGCCUGUCAAGGUGUCAUACUUGUAGUUGAUGCAAAUGAGGGUAUUCAGGCUCAGACAGUGGCAAACUUCUAUCUCGCCUUUGAAGCACAGCUUUCAAUAAUUCCUGUCAUAAAUAAGAUUGACUUGAAAAAUGCAGACCCUGAAAGAGUUGAAAAACAAAUUGAAAAGCUGUUUGAUAUCCCUACAGGUGAAUGUAUAAGGAUUUCUGCUAAACAAGGAACAAAUGUUGAGAAAGUUCUUCAAAAGGUCAUUGAGAAGAUCCCACCACCCCAGUGUAAUACUGCUGAUCCAUUGAAAGCCUUAGUAUUUGACUCUACCUUUGACCACUACCGAGGUGUCAUAGCUAACAUUGCGCUCUUUGGUGGGGAGAUUGCAAAAGGACAGAAAAUUGUGUCUGCACACACAAAGAAAAGAUAUGAAGUUAAUGAAGUUGGAAUUCUGACUCCAAAUGAACAGCCAACACAUAAGCUCUAUGCAGGACAGGUGGGGUACCUGAUUGCUGGAAUGAAAGAAGUAACGGAAGCCCAAAUAGGAGACACACUGUUUUUGUAUAAACAGCCAGUGGAGCCUUUGCCUGGCUUUAAGUCAGCGAAGCCAAUGGUUUUUGCAGGAAUGUAUCCUAUAGAUCAAACAGAAUAUAACAAUCUCAAAAGUGCUUUGGAAAGGCUGACAUUGAAUGACUCCAGUGUAACUGUUCAUCGUGACAGUAGCCUUGCCUUAGGAGCUGGAUGGAGAUUGGGUUUCCUUGGUCUUCUACACAUGGAAGUCUUUAAUCAACGUUUGGAGCAAGAGUAUAACAUGUCUGUUAUUUUGACUGCACCUACAGUUCCAUAUAAAGCUGUUCUUUCCUCAGCAAAGUUGAUAAAGGAGCAUGGAAAAGACCAGAUCACUAUUAUCAACCCUGCUCAGUUUCCUGAUAAAUUUUCAGUAUCAGAAUAUUUGGAGCCAACUGUUCUUGGUACUAUUGUAACACCUCAUGAAUAUAUUGGGAAAAUAAUUACCUUGUGUCAGGAUCGUCGGGCAGUCCAGAAGGAUAUGUUGUACAUUGAUGAAAACAGGGUUAUGCUAAAAUACCUCUUUCCGCUGAAUGAAAUUGUGGUGGAUUUUUAUGAUGCUCUUAAGUCUCUGUCUUCUGGCUAUGCAAGUUUUGAUUAUGAAGAUGCAGGUUACCAAUCAGCAGACCUAAUCAAAAUGGAUAUUCUUCUAAAUGGAAAUCCAGUUGAAGAACUGGCAACUAUCAUACACAAUGAUAAAGCCUAUGCUGCUGGUAAACUUCUGUGUGAACGUUUAAAAGAGACUAUUCCUAGACAGUUGUUUGAAAUAGCCAUCCAGGCUGCCAUUGGCAAGAAAAUCAUUGCAAGAGAAACGCUGAAAGCUUACAGAAAAAAUGUUGUGGCAAAAUGUUAUGGUGGAGACAUUACAAGAAGAAUGAAGCUUUUAAAGAGGCAAGCAGAAGGCAAGAGGUUGAUGAGAAAAAUUGGCAAUGUUGAGGUUCCAAGAGAUGCCUUUAUACGAGUUCUAAAGAGAGAAACUGACAAAUAGAGAUCAUUGACAUCUGAUCAUUCAAAUCAUGUCAGCUUUUUGCAGACAGAAGCCAAGUGAGCAAGUAUGUGAUUUAUCACUGUGAGAGGGAACAUACUUGACUUUAAAUGGUAUGAAUUCAGUAUGUGUGAGAAGAUGAACUGGAAGGACUUAAAAAUGUACAUAUAUUUGUAGAUUAUUAUGAAAUUAAAGUUAGACUGCAUUUAAAAGUU